GCUUCUGGGAAAAUAAAUGCUGCACAAACGUAUAGGGAAAAUGGCGACCGAUGUGGCGAGUCGUAAGGAAAUUGUACUCGUUGACGAAAGUUCAGACAGUGAGAGUUCAGAAGAAUUAUCAACUAAAGCCAAUAGUGCGGAAGAAGAAGGUGAAGGUGAAGUUAACAAUGAAGCACAGAAAAGCAAACACAGAAGUCGGAAGAGGAAACACAAACGCCAUCACCACCACCACAAACGGAAACACCACAAACACUCAGGGGAAGAUGACAGAAAACACAGACAUAAAAGAAAACACAAAAAGCACAAAUCAAGAAAAUCUGAAUCAUUGCCAUCUAAGGAGCAUUCUUAUAAAAAAAUAAACAUUGACCAUGAGAGUGUGGAUCUUGUUGACCUUGAAAAACAGAAGGAACUACUGCAGGCACAGCUUGCUGGAAAUUUAGAUUUCAAAGACAAGUCAGCAAUAUCACUAAUAGCACAAGGGUAUCAAUCCUCUGAAGAUGAAGAAGAGGGACAAAUAUAUGAGCAAAAUGAGAAUGAUGCAGCUAUAGACAAUGAAAUAAAACAACUCUCGCCUCCGAGGAAAGGCAGGGUAAAUGAUUAUAGCCCGGUAAUUGCAGCAAAACAUAAACGAUCAAGAAAUAGACAUAGUAGAAGUCCCUCUGUGGAAAGAAGAAGAUCAAAACGUAGUCAGUCACCUAGAGAUAAAAAACAUUCAAGACAUCGCAGUGCAUCACCUAGACACAAGAUACGCAAAAGGAGUAAAUCUCCAAGAAAGCGUAGUAAAUCACCGAAAAGAAAUCGCUCUCCAAGAAUGCGUAGCCGAUCUCCGAGAAAACGUAGUAAAUCACCAAAACGAAGAAGUAAAUCUCCAAAACGAGAGAACCGGAGGCGGAAAAGUAGAUCUCGUAGCAAGUCACCAAUUAAAAAGAGACCUCGCUCUCCACUCAGGCAGCCUAUGCAAACUACCAGACAAAGCCCCCCAAGGAUUUCGCCAGCUAGACGAAUGAGCGAGUCACCAAGGAAUAUAAGUACACCUCAACUCCAGAAUAGAAGUCGAUCACCAUGGAGGAGAUCGAGAAAUAGGUCACCCAUGCCACGGAGAGGUGGGGGGUCUGCAUAUGAUAGAAGGCGGAGUCGAUCACCGAGGAGACGCGAAGGACCAUGGAGACGUAGUAGGUCACCAAGAUAUCGACGGAGUCGAUCUCCUGGCAGGAGACAUGAGAAUUCUAGUAGCAAGCUAGAUAAAUAUAAAGGCAGUCUAUCAGAAGGAUUGACACAAAAUAAACAAGAAUCUUCUGAUGAAGAUAUUGAAGACAUUGAUCUGGAGGAAGAAGAAGAUGAAGAAACAAUAAUAGAAAGAAGACGUCAAGAGAGACAGAAGUUACUGCAAAAAUUUAAAGUAAACGAGGAGGAUGAGACUAAUACCUGGGGACUACCUUUCUCAGAUGGCUUGAGUAGAGAUGUCACACCGUCCAGCACACUUGAUAAUGAAGGUGAUGAAGACGAAGAAGAAGAAGAGGAGGAGGAGGAGGAAGAAUCAGCAGCAGAAGACGAAGAUACAAUGGAUUUUGAAAGUUCCAUGAAUGAUAAACUACAGUCUAUUAAUUUUGAUCAAGAUGGUUGUAAGAAACCUACUUCAAGUUUUGGUGAUAUCUUUGCAACUGAUGAUGAUAUGUUUACUGAUAAGCAUGGUAGUCCAGCAAUGCAGCUACAUGUUAAUGAGAACCCUAAUUUAACAGAUAAUUGGGAUGAUGCUGAGGGAUAUUAUCGAAUAAGAAUUGGUGAACAACUUGAUAAACGGUACAACGUAUAUGGUUAUACUGGUCAUGGUGUAUUCAGUAAUGUAGUUAGAGCACGGGAUAUUCAUAGAGCCAACACUGAUGUUGCAAUUAAAAUCAUCAGAAAUAACGAAUUAAUGCACAAAACUGGUUUGAAAGAGUUGGAAUCCUUAAAGCGUCUAAACGAUGCCGACCCAGAUGAUAAAUUCCAUUGUCUGAGGAUAUAUCGUCAUUUCUUUCAUAAGAACCAUUUAUGUAUGGUAUUUGAAUCUCUCAGUAUGAAUCUACGUGAAGUAUUGAAGAAGUAUGGCAAAGACGUAGGUCUGCACAUUAAAGCUGUCAGAUCCUACUCACAACAGUUACUCUUGUCAUUAAAAUUACUGAAAAGAACCAAUAUUCUACAUGCUGAUAUUAAACCAGAUAAUGUAUUGGUGAAUGAUUCUAAACUUGUGUUAAAGCUGUGUGACUUUGGAUCAGCCUCCCAUGUAGCGGAUAAUGAGAUAACCCCUUAUUUAGUUAGUAGGUUUUACAGAGCACCAGAAAUUAUUCUAGGUAUGAAAUAUGACUACGGUAUUGACCUAUGGAGCACAGCUUGUACCAUUUAUGAGCUGUACACCGGUAAGAUUCUAUUCCCCGGUAAAAGUAAUAACCACAUGUUAAAAUUAAUGAUGGAGCUUAAGGGGAAAAUGCCAAAUAAACUCAUCCGGAAAGGCACACUUAAAGAUCAGCAUUUUGAUAGCAACUAUAACUUCAAGUUUGUGGAAGUUGAUAAAGUCACUGAACGGGAGAAGGUUACUGUCUAUGGAACUAUCAACCCAAACAAGGAUCUUCUAGCUGAUUUAAUUGGCUUUCAACGGCUGCCCGCUGAUCAACUACGUAAAGUCCAACAGCUCAAGGAUCUACUAGAGAAAUUAUUAAUGUUAGAUCCAUCAAAACGACUUAGUAUCAACCAGGCCUUAACACAUCCAUUCAUACAAGAAAAGAUCUGA